AUGACAGCAUUUAUCCCCACCGUAAAUCAACGAACUCGAAAUCAAUUUCGUCCUCGAAAUGUUGCUAAAGGUUCUUCAAGUCAUCAACUAAGGCAAUACGCAGAAGCUACUCUAGGUGGAGGUAGUCUACGAAAGGUCGUAAAGUUACCAGAGGGUGAAGACGAGAAUGAAUGGCUGGCCGUAAACAUGGUUGAUUUUUAUAAUCACAUCAACUUACUCUACGGCUCAAUAACUGAAUUCUGCUCGCCACAAUCUUGCCCCGAAAUGAAAGCUACCGACGAAUUUGAAUAUCUCUGGCAAGACUCUGAAAACUUCAAACGACCGACCAAAAUGUCAGCUCCAGCAUAUAUUGAGCAUCUGAUGAGUUGGGCACAGGCUAUUAUUGACAAUGAGAGCAUUUUUCCUAGUAGGAUAGGUGUACCUUUCCCAAAAUCAUUUCCAAAUAUGGUUCGACAAGUUUUUAAGAGAAUGUAUAGAGUAUACGCCCACAUAUACUGUCAUCACUAUUCUGUAAUACGCCAACUUGGCCUUGAAGCUCAUUUGAAUACUAGCUUCAAGCACUAUGUUUUAUUCAUCGACGAACAUCAUUUGGCCACUGGCAAGGAUUUUUGGGGUCCUCUGGGAGACCUUGUCGACAGCAUGCUAAGAAGCGAUUAA